AUGACAUCGACCCGUUCAGGUUCCUGCCUUUGCGGAGCCGUCCAGUACAAGCUCGCCGGCGAUCCCGAAAAGCUCUUCAUCUGUCACUGCGAGAGCUGCCAGAAAGCAACCGGCUCAGCGUUCAUGGCCAACUGCUGGUACCAAGAGAGUCAACUCGAAAUCACCCAGGGCCAAGACUCCAUCCAGGUCUACAACGACAAGGCCACCGCGACAGGCGAGCCUCUGCAACGCUCGUUCUGCGGAACGUGCGGGUCCAGAUUAUUCCACAGGAACAACAGUAUGGUUGAAGCGCAAUAUGUCUCCGUGUCGAGCGGGACCAUCGAUGAUCGGGAUGGGUUGGAGCCAACCAUCGAGCUUUGGCAGCGGAAUCGUCGCCCGUGGCUUGCUCCUCUCGAUGGGAUUGAGAAACUGGAUCAGCAGUGA